AUGUCCCAGUUAUCGUUUUCUCCACAAUAUUAUGAAGCAUUAGAACAAAUGAAAAAGAUAGUUGAAGCUUCUAGAGAUGUGUCUAUAGAAGAAGCAAAGAAACAAUAUUUUGACCGUAUUCCUAUAUCAACUCCAAAUAACUGCAUUGUAAACGAGAUUAAAUUGGAUGAAAAGUAUGUUAUCAAAAGCAAGGAAUAUUUAGUGGAUGGAUUGAAAAUAUAUGAAGAUGUUAUUGAUGAAAAGUGGCAAUCUCUUGAUAAUAAUGGAUUAUACGGAGAAUGGGUUAAAAUUAAAGAUAGAGAGGACACAGGAAAAGUAGUACUUUACUUGUUUGGUGGCGGAUAUUAUAUGGGAUCAACUAAAAAAUCCCGUGAUUUUACUUCUGAAAUCGCUAAAAAUGCUGAAUGUUCAGUUUUUGCAAUCAAUUAUCGUCUUUCUCCGGAGCAUCAAUUUCCUGUUCCACUUUGUGAUGCUUUAGCAGCAUAUUUAUAUCUUAUCGAUCCCCCUCUUGAAUUUGAAUUUAAGCCAAUUGAUCCUAAACAAAUUAUAAUUGCUGGAUCUAGUGCUGGUGGUGGAUUGGCGGUUGCUACUGCAUUAUUUAUUCGUGAUGUUGGUUUACCAUUACCAUCAGGACUUGUUUUAUGGUCUCCAUGGGUAGAUUUAACAAGUAGUAUGCCAUCAUAUUGGAAACCAGAAAUGGACAAAACUGAUUUUACAAUUGGUGCAUUAAAUACUCGUAAACUUGGUCCACCAUCUUCCAUGUCAAUUGAAUAUCUUAAACGAGUAAAAAUUCUUUCUGAAAAAAUUAAACAAAAAAAACCAAAUGUGGUCGGUCAUCCUUCUUUUACUAAAGUUCCAAGAUUUAGGUUAUAUUGUGCAAAUGAGGCUUUGGCCAUUCCUUAUAUUAGUCCAAUGUUAGGGAAAUUUACCACCUAUUUUCAAGUGGGUAGUGGAGAAAGAUUUCUAGAUUCGAAUAUUUUAUUCAGUUUCAAGGCUUCUGAUCCGAAUAAAUUUCAAUUACCAAAAUAUGCUACAAGAAAUUUUGCUAAUUCACCAUUCAAGAAUGUCAUACUUGACGUUUAUGAGGGAGCGUGUCAUUGUUUUCAAAGUAAAAUUUCAAAGUUUUCAAUAAAUCGUUCUUGUAAUUUUAUUAAAACUCACACACUUAAUGAAAGCACUCCAAAUGAAGCCGAGAAUAAAUCUUUCCAAGAGAUUCAAAAAACUAUUAAUGCUAACAUAAUUAACCCUAAUUAUGAGAUUAGAGAGUUAGAUGAAGAAUUUCUAAAAUGUUUAAACUGUGAAAAUAUUGGAGUUGUCCCAGAAUUAGAAGUUGAUAUGUAA